AUGCCUCAGCAAAACACAAUGAGUAUUACCAUUCCUAUGGUAUUUGUACGGUCUCAGUGCCCAAAAGUUUGUCAGCAGUCAUGUCAGCAAAAAUGCGACACUCAUCCUGCAUUAAUCACGUGCCUCCCUCAGUGCAGUCAGUCUUGUGAGCAGAAAUGUGCCCAAAUGUCACCUAUCCAAAAUCCGUUGUCUGAGCUGACAGAUCCAUCUCAGUAUUUAACAUCCGCUGGAUGUGGAGGUGGGAACGAGGCUGCAUGCGGACAACCGCAGUUGCAGCCACAAGCAAUAACAUCAGAACCGCCUAUACAAAUAGUGACUUUUCCCACUCUGCUGACGGAGGACAGCGAGCAGCCUGUGUGUGUAGAGGAGUGCAUGCCGAACUGUGACCCUAAGUGUAUUCUGGAGCAAUAUCUCAUGAAUCCUUCGCGAGAAACGGAGAAUAAAAAAGAGUAG